GCCUUCGCAGUUUUGGACGAAACCUGUGCUAGAACCGAAACUGGUGCUCGGAACAGAAGAGUGAAAAUUGUGUCUGCGUCAAACUUUUCCAAAACCUCUGUCGAUCGCUUUCCGAAGCAGCUUGUGUGUUAUUCUCUUCAACGCUUUAACUCUCCUCGACCACCACCCCAAACUAAACCAGAAUGCCGGCUGCAGCACCCGCAGAAAAUGGGGCAGGAGUACCCAAAACCGAGCUGCAGGAGCUCCAAAUUAAACAGCAGCAGGUUGUCGAUGAGUCGUUGGACAGUACACGGCGUAUGCUGGCACUAUGUGAGGAGAGCAAGGAAGCCGGGAUUCGAACCCUGGUGGCCCUUGACGAUCAGGGAGAACAAUUGGACCGAAUCGAGGAGGGCAUGGAUCAGAUUAAUGCCGACAUGCGUGAAGCUGAGAAGAAUUUAAGUGGCAUGGAAAAAUGCUGCGGUAUCUGUGUCUUACCGUGCAACAAAAGUGCAUCCUUCAAAGAGGACGACGGUACCUGGAAGGGUAAUGAUGAUGGCAAGGUGGUCAACAAUCAGCCCCAGCGAGUAAUGGACGAUCGUAAUGGAUUGGGCCCGCAGGCUGGUUACAUCGGAAGGAUCACGAACGACGCCCGAGAGGAUGAGAUGGAGGAAAAUAUGGGACAAGUGAACACGAUGAUCGGUAACCUGCGAAACAUGGCGCUCGAUAUGGGCUCCGAGCUGGAGAAUCAAAACAGACAGAUCGACAGAAUCAAUCGCAAGGGCGCAUCAAAUGAGGACAGGAUAAAGGCGGCCAAUGAAAAAGCGCACUCGCUUCUCAAAUAAAAAGGGUACCGAGUAUAUAUAUAGCAAGUGCAUAUAUACAAUAUACACAACCUAUCUAUACAUAUAUAUAUAUACAUAUACUUGUAUGGUUAUCGUUAUUAUUUUACCUCCCUCCAUAAACGGAUAUCGAAAAACGAACAAACCGCGAAAAAUGUAAGUUGGUAGUUUUCUUACUUCUUUACACACAUAUAUAUGUAUAUUCAUUCUUAGUUUUUUUUAAUACUACUGCUAUUUAUGCGUGUAAUGGAACAUAUUUAUUAAGUAUUAAGUUUCUUUAUGUCAAUUCGUUCUUAUUAUAUAUCUAUAUAUGUAGGAUGUGAUAUUAUUAUAUUAUGCUGCGGAAACAAUAGAGAACAGAAAGGAAAUAUGACCCACACAAAAGACAUUAAGAAUAAAACAAUGUUUAUGAAACAUUAAAA